GCGUCUCGCCACAUAUUACAGAGUGCGUAGAAUUGAACCGAGUUAACAUGCGCAGAAAGAACGAAAACUCGUCAUCUAAGAAGUGAUGAGCAUCUGGUACAGGCGGACGCCAUUUUCGCUACGAGCAUCGGCCACGUCCUAACUUGAUGGCAGGAGAUUCGGUUCUGUUACUGUCUGCAUCAGUUAUCUUAAAAUUGUUGAACAUUGCGAAUACAUACACGUUGUAUAGCAUAAAAUGCCACUAAGGUUAGAUAUCAAGCGGAAGCUGACCGCAAGGUCAGACAGAGUGAAGAGCGUAGAUCUUCACCCAACUGAACCGUGGAUGCUCUGUUCGUUGUAUCAAGGAAACGUUAAUAUUUGGAAUCAUGAAACUCAAAUGUUGGUUAAAACAUUCGAGGUGUGCGACUUGCCAGUUCGUACAGCCAAAUUUGUCCCACGUAAGAAUUGGGUUGUCACUGGCUCCGAUGAUAUGCAAAUAAGAGUGUUUAAUUAUAAUACUUUGGAGAGGGUGCACUCUUUCGAAGCACACAGUGAUUAUGUCAGAUGUAUCGCGGUGCAUCCAACACAGCCAUUUAUAUUGACAAGUAGCGAUGACAUGUUAAUUAAAUUAUGGAACUGGGAGAAGGCCUGGAUAGGGCAACAAGUAUUCGAAGGGCACACUCAUUACGUCAUGCAAAUUGUAUUUAAUCCAAAGGAUAACAAUACGUUUGCAAGCGCUUCAUUGGAUAGAACUGUGAAAGUAUGGCAGCUUGGAUCUUCCACUGCUAAUUUCACAUUGGAGGGUCACGAAAAGGGUGUUAAUUGCGUCGAUUACUAUCAUGGUGGUGAUAAACCGUAUUUAAUAUCAGGGGCGGACGACAAAUACGUUAAAAUAUGGGACUAUCAGAACAAGACCUGUGUACAGACACUGGAGGGACACACACAGAAUAUUUCAGCAGUCUGUUUCCAUCCAGAACUACCAAUUAUACUUACUGGUUCCGAGGAUGGCACUGUAAGAAUAUGGCACGCAGGGACGUACAGACUGGAAUCGUCACUUAACUAUGGUUUCGAGAGAGUAUGGACGAUUGCCUGUAUGCGAGGCUCGAACAAUGUUGCAGUAGGUUACGACGAGGGCAGUGUUAUGGUAAAAGUUGGCAGAGAAGAGCCGGCCGUUUCCAUGGAUUCUUUAGGCGGCAAAAUUGUAUGGGCAAAACACAGUGAGAUUCAGCAAGUAAAUUUGAAAGCCUUGGGGGAGGAAGCGCAGGAUGGAGAGAGGCUCCCAUUGGCGGUCAAAGACAUGGGCGCCUGUGAAAUUUAUCCACAGACCAUCCAGCAUAAUCCAAAUGGAAGAUUUCUUGUGGUUUGCGGCGAUGGAGAAUAUAUUAUUUACACGUCCAUGGCGCUAAGAAACAAAGCAUUUGGUCAGGCAUCAGAGUUUGUUUGGGCUGCUGAUUCCAGCCAGUAUGCUGUUAGAGAAAGUAACACUACUGUCAAAGUUUUCAAGAAUUUCAAGGAAAAGAAGAGCUUUAAACCCGACUUUGGCGCUGAUGGUAUCUUUGGCGGAUUCUUAUUGGGCGUAUCAUCCGGAUCUGGCCUAUCCUUCUUCGAUUGGGACACGUUAAAGCUAGUCCGUCGUAUAGACAUUCAACCUACUCACGUUUACUGGGCUGAAAACGCUUCUCUCGUUACACUAGCCACGACCGAUCAAUACUUCAUCUUAAAAUAUCACGGUGAUGCUGUUGUGAAUGCUCCUGAAAAUUCCGAGGACAUCGAAGACGCCUUCGAGAUGGUCGCAGAGAUGAACGAGGUGGUGAAAACUGGUCUAUGGGUGGGCGAUUGUUUCAUUUACACAAACAGCGUCAAUCGGGUGAAUUAUUUUGUCGGCGGAGAAAUUGUAACCGUCUCGCAUUUGGACAGACCGAUGUAUCUUCUUGGAUAUGUUCCCAGAGACAAUAGAUUGUAUUUGUGCGACAAAGAAUUGUCCGUUGUCUCGUAUUCCCUGUUACUUUCCGUAUUAGAAUAUCAAACGGCUGUUAUGCGAAAGGAUUUCGAAACGGCCGACAGAGUACUGCCUACAGUUCCAAAGGAACAUAGAACAAGAGUUGCACACUUCUUGGAGAAACAGGGUUUCAAAGAGCAAGCAUUGGCUGUGUCCACCGACCCAGAACACAGGUUCGAAUUGGCUCUGGCAUUGGGAGAUCUCGCUACUGCGCAUGCGCUCGCUAAAGAAGCGAACAGCCAACAGAAAUGGCGGCAAUUGGCGUCGCUCGCUACGCAGAAAGGAAAAUUAUGCCUGGCACAGGAAUGCUUGCAUCAAGCGCAAGAUUUCGGUGGACUCUUGUUACUCGCCACCAGCACCGGCAACGCGAACAUGAUACAGAAACUCGGCACGGACGCCAACGAAACGGGGAAGAACAACAUCUCCUUCUUGUCUUACUUCAUUCUUGGAGACGUCGACAAGUGUUUAGACAUUCUCAUCAAAACGGAUAGAAUCCCGGAGGCUGCGUUCUUCGCAAGAACGUACGCACCCAGUAGAAUUUCGUCUAUCGUUAAGCUAUGGAAGGAGAAGUUGUCCGCGGUGAGCGAGAAGGCCGGGCAGAGCUUGGCUGAUCCUGAGCAGUAUGAAAAUCUGUUUCCUGGGUACAGAGAAGCACUGAAAGUGGAACAGUUCCUUAGGGAGGACAGCAAGAAGAAGAUUCCAGCCUCUGCCUUCCCGGAUGUGCAAUCCAACAUUGAACGAAAACCAUUCGAAGAGAUGUUAGCUGCCGAAGAAGCGAAUCAGUUCACGUACAAAGCUGGCACGACGACUAACAACGAAGCUGAAGUAGCACCGACCGAAGUUCUGACGAACAGGUUACAAGAUCUGGAUAUUAGUAAGGUGAUUCCAUCCUCUACGGAGAAAGCAAGCGUUCCUGAAAAAGUUACCAAGACCAACAGUAACUCUAGGCCACUCACCGUGGACGACGACGAUUUGGACCUUGAUUUCGAACUCGACGAAACGUUAGAUACAACAGGUAUAAGUCUCGAUGACGAUCUUCUUGAAGAGGAUUAGCCGUUCGAUUGGAAGGCAAGCAACGUGUACGUUGUACGUGAAAUUUCCAUUCACCUUCCGUCAGUCAUUCCCCGCGUGUCGAGCAGAAUCGUCUAGGAUCAAGUAUUAAAGAAAACGUUGAAGGACAUUUUUGUGCGCGAGUGUUUUUAUCAGUGCAUCCGAUUAUAAAAAUACAGUUCAUCCUGUGCACGUGGAUUUUACCCGUGUACCGAAGAUUAAAUAUAUUGUUAAUAUAAAGGAAUAAUCAAA